GGGCAGCCAGGGCACUGCGUGUGAGGGGAGGCAGCGGCAGCGGCCCUGGCCCUCUGGAGCAGGAGACGUCUUCACCUGCUGUGUCCCGUGUCGUCUGCCCAUCGUGGUGUUCGCCCUGCCUGCACAUGCAGCGGGGGAAGCCAGGCGGCCCCUGGGCCCGUGUCCCCGCAUGUGGGCUUUGAGUGCCGGCUGCACUGCCGCCCCCAUGAGCACACCUGGGUGUCCCUCCUCACAGCGCUGAGCCGCCACCAAGGUCUGGAGCCACCAGGCGCCAUGCACUGGGUUUGCACAGCCGCUGUCGUGGCCCUCCUCUGGCUGCAGCUUAUGCUCUUUGGGGGUGUUGGGGCACGGCGGGAGCCCAAGAGGCCACGGCAGCCCAGCCAGCACACUGAGCCCACCGCCACCACGUCCAACCACGAGGGGCUGCUGGGCUCCCCCAAGCCAUCCGAGGCCCUGGGGUCUGAGUUCUCAGAUGCACACAUGACAUGGCUGAACUUCGUCCGGCGGCCAGAUGUCGUGGCCUCAAAGAAACGGUGCCGGGGCCGGGACCAGAAGUCGCGAGGUCUCUCUGGACCCCCCGGGCCCCCUGGGCCCCCAGGGCCCCCAGGACCUCCCGGGGCCGCAGUCACCCAGGAAGCCCUGCUGCGAGAGUUUCAGGAGAUGCUGAAAGAGGCUACCGAGCGCCGGUUCUUGGGGCUGUUGGGCCCAUUGCUGCCCGAGGGGACAGGUCGGCGGCUGGUGGCAGAGGCCUUCCACUGUGCACUGAAGGGCCCCAUGGUGGUGGAGGAGAAGACGCUGGUAGAACUGCAUGGCUUCCAGGCCCCUGCUGCCCAGGGUGCCUUCCUGCGGGGGUCUGGCUUGAGCCUAGCCUCCGGCCGGUUCACAGCUCCAAUGACUGCCAUCUUCCAGUUUUCCGCCAGCCUGCAUGUGGACCACAGGGAGAUGCAGGGCAGGGUGAGACUGCAGGCUCGGGACACAGUACGGGUGCUCGUCUGCAUCGAGUCCCUCUGUCAUCGACAUGCGUCCCUGGUGGCCAUCUCAGGCCUGGAGAGCCGUGCCAGGGUCUUCACCCUGCAUGUGGAGGGGCUGCUGCAGCUGCAGGCCGGACAGUAUGCCUCCGUCUUUGUGGACAAUGGCUCCGGGACAAGCCUCACCAUCCAGAGUGGCUCCAGCUUCUCCGGCCUUCUCCUGGGCACGUGAGGGCCAUGCCAGGGGCUGGAAGUGUGACUGGCCCUCCUGUCCCCACUGUUGACUGUUAAACCUAUGCUCACAGCAAUAAAGAGCUCUCAGCCCCCCUG